AUGUCUCCACUUUUCAUUUCCAGAGAUUUCCUUCCUCGCGGAUCUGGGAUUGUGACCCGAAGGCCCCUUGUUCUUCAGCUGAUUAACUCUCCAACAGGCUGUGCGGUUCCAAUGCUGCCCACCAACAUGGGGCACCCAAUGCCAGGUUUCCAUGGCUUUAGUUCCUUUCAUCUCCGUGGAUCUUGUCGCCCAGGCAACCCCAAGAUGAUGUCAAAUCUGUGCGAGGUGACUGAUUCAAUCCUAUGCCCCACCAUUUUCUGGGAGAUCAUGUGCUUCCUGAAGAACCCUUUCCUUUGUGACACUUCCCAGGGUCAGGUUGGGCACAAGAUGUCUCAUUUUACCAGUAAGGAACCUGUAACUGGGCUCUUCACCCCUGACCUUGCUUUUGAGGCUAUAGUGAAAAAGCAGAUCCAAAAGCUGAAGGAGCCAUGUUUGAAGUGCGUAGAUAUGGUAGUGAGCGAACUCACCGGCACCAUCAGAAAGUGUACCGAAAAGUUGGGCCAGUAUCCGCACCUACGAGAGGAAAUGGACCGAAUCGUAACCACUCACAUCCGAGAUCGGGAGGGCAGAACAAAACAGCAGGUCAUGCUGUUGAUAGACAUUGAGUUGUCUUACAUGAACACAAACCAUGAGGAUUUCAUUGGAUUUGCCAAUGCCCAACCGAGGAGCAGUCAAUUGAGUAAGAAGAAGGCCGCAGGCAAUCAGGAUGAAAUCAUGGUGAUCAGGAAGGGCUGGCUGACCAUCAACAACAUCGGCAUCAUGAAGGGAGGAUCCAAGGAAUACUGGUUUGUGUUGACAGCAGAGAACCUGUCCUGGUACAAGGAUGAUGAGGAGAAAGAGAAGAAAUACAUGCUGCCGCUUGACAACCUGAAGUUACGUGACAUAGAGAAAGGAUUCAUGUCAAGUAAACACAUCUUCGCUCUCUUCAACACAGAGCAGAGGAAUGUUUACAAGGAUUACAGACAGCUGGAGCUGGCUUGUGAGACCCAGGAGGAGGUGGAUAGUUGGAAAGCUUCAUUCUUACGGGCUGGUGUUUAUCCAGAGAGAGUUGGGGAUAAAGAAAAUCAAAGUGAGAAUGAAGAGAACGGAGCUGGGGACAACUUCAUGCACUCAAUGGACCCUCAGCUGGAGAGGCAGGUGGAAACCAUCCGAAACCUGGUGGACUCGUACAUGGGAAUUGUGAACAAGACCAUCCGGGACCUCAUGCCCAAGACUAUCAUGCAUCUCAUGAUCAUUAAUACGAAAGACUUCAUCCAGUCCGAGCUCCUGGCCCAACUGUACUCGUGCGCAGACCAGAACAUUCUGAUGGAGGAGUCUCCAGAGCAAGCCCAGCGCCGUGAGGAAAUGCUGAGAAUGUACCACGCCCUGAAAGAGGCCUUAAAUAUCAUCGGUGACAUCAACACCACGACCACCAGCACCCCUCUACCACCACCUGUGGACGACUCCUGGCUGGGAGUCAGGGAUAUCCCAUCUGGGCGAAGAUCUCCAACCUCAAGUCCUACACCCCAGAGGAGAGCUCCAGCAGUUCCUCCAGUCAGACCUCUGUCCCGUGGCCCUGCACCAGGACCUCCCCCACCCGCUGGCCCCCCUCCUCAAGGACCCCCGGGUAGCGCCCCACCAAUUCCCUCUCGCCCCGGUGCCUCUCCAGAUCCUUUUGGGGCUCCACCUCAAGUUCCCUCCAGGCCCAACCGGGCUCCUCCUGGUGUCCCCAGGGACCGGCAAGGGUUCUAACUGACCUGGACUGAACUGCUCUGGGACCAGUAUGGGUUCCUACAGGGGACAAACAUCCAGGUUCUGUAAAUUGCCUUGCUAUGUAAUGUGCAUCGUCAUAUCAGGAAACAUUGACACACAUCACCAAAACUUGCGAAAAAGGCAAGCAAUGUCUAGACCAGUGAGAUUCAUAUCACAGCCUGUUGGGGCAUGGAGGGGGACUUGCAAAAUAUCUCUCUUCACCUGUUACUGUCUGGGGCUCCUUUCACAUUCUGUGUGAGAUAUUGUAAGAACAGCGCUGUUGUUCCUCUUGGCUCUUGCUGUUCAGUGAGAAGGUGCAGGAGUUAUCCUAGUCUCCGGAUGGGAAACAUGACAGCUAAAGAGGACUUAUAGUUUGAUAGAAAAAUCAGACUUGUAGUUCCUCCAUUCCCAACCCCCCACCUCAUCAGCUUCUCUUGGGAGAGUGCUUGGCUUCCACUUGGUAUCUGUCCAAGGCUAGAAACCAGGAGCUGAGUGUAUGGGGAGUUGACCGCACUGACUGGCAGUCACACUAUGGGGUGGUGUAUUGGGAGCGCUGUUCGGAAUACCUCUGGAGCAGGACACAGCCUGGGAGCACAGCCUAUGCCAAGAGUUUGGUGUCGUUACAUCAGGUUGGUGAAUAACACUGGUCCAGGCAAUGAAUGUCUGUCCUCUCUAGGCACCUGUACCUCUGGCUGGUGAGGGCUUUGGUUUGGGCUUGUUUGUGCAAUGGAAAAUUAACCAGAGAAAGGGAGAGCUGCUCAUGUGCACUUUUGUCUUCAUGAUCUGUAACCUUUGACCUUGCCCAUCUGCCAUCUUUAUUUGAUAUUAUCUUUCAGAAUAACAAUAAGUGACCCUUGAGGACAUUAACUCUCGACUGGUACGUGCCACAGCUCAUUAACACUACCUCCUCUGCUGUGCUUUGCAUGACCAUUGUUCCUCACACCUCCAUGUAACGUGGCACUGCUUUUAUUGAGCAGUGAUGAGUAAGGGUGUGGCAUGGUGUUGUAGUUUGCAUUACAGCAUUGUGAAAAUAUCUUUGUGUCACAUAUGCUUUGUCGCAGCUUUCUCUCCCUGCUGGUAAAGGCAGUGCCUUUAGUCCCACCCUCCACUGAGUCAUUCACCCAUCCCCGUAAGAGAACAGAAUGUGAGCACCACUUUAGGAUCAUAGUGGCACAGAGGAUUGCCAUUAUUCAUAAACCGUGUUUAUUGUAAUGUGCAAAUUUGCUCGUGUCCUCUGUCAGUGUUUCCACUUUCUCUGGUAGCGGUUGACGUUUAGUUCCUUUCCUGUUGUUUUCUCGGUGAACGCACUUGGCUCAGGGUCAGUGCACCCAGCUCCCUUCACUUUCUCCAUCCACCACACUGCUGCCCAGCAAUUGGACAUGAGUAAAAAUGGCUCAGGUUGUCACACCUGAUCAUAUCGCCACCUCUUAUUCGUUCAUCAAUCAUAAAAACCCACUGCCUUAGGGUUUUUGUGGUGCAGUGGUAAUGUGCCUACCUUUGACUCAGGAGACCCAGGUUCAAGUCCCAGCUGCUCCUAGAGGUGUGUAAUAAUAUUUCCUAACAGCUCGAUUCGGGGAAAAUAUCUAAAAACCGCUGUCUGUCUGCUCCCAGGGAGCCUGCACGUUGCAGCAUUGAUUCAUUAUUAAUAAGAGUUGUUUGGAGCAUCUCUCCCUAACCCAGACAACAAUGAGACCCUGCCAUUUGCCAGAGCUGGGAUGAUGAGAAACCCAGACCUGAGACAAAACAUCAUCAAGGCACUGGCAAGUUGGCUUGAACGCCAUUGAUUAACACACAAAUCACUGGCAAGGGUUAGAGAGGGAUUAAAAUUUCACAAGCGUCAACUGGUGCCAAAGAAAAGAAACAUUUUAGACAACUCUGCCAGUGCAUUCUUUGUAUGUGAGACUAACUGUGUCUGUAUCUUGGAGUAUUGUGCCCAUACCUGUCACUGUGGUCAAUUAAUCGGUCUGUUCAUUUUGUAUAGUACUUGGAGGUGUAAUGCAUAAAUCAGGAACACGGCAUAAGAUAAAGUCAAGGACAAGAAAAGGCCAUUCAACCCAUUGAGCUCAUCCUUCUAGUGCUCUAACUCAACAGCUUUCCUAAAGCCUUGGGCUCCACUUGGGAAAUAAAACCACUCAUUCCCAAUCUUGGCCACAAUUCCCACUUAAUUAUCUCGUUCCACCAUUUGUGACAAUCGGUCAUUUUCUCAGUUUGUCUCACUGAUGUGUUUGUGGAGACAAUGGCAUCAAAUUUCCUGUUAAACCAGUUGCGGAUAAACUGCCCUUUAAACGUUAAUACAUUUGCUCAUGGAAUGAGAAACUGGGAUGUAUUAGAUCCUGCUUUGAACAUGUGAGACUUGGGCUUUGACACUGCACAGAGAGUGAUUAUAAGCGACCAUGUGAAAUGAGCUUCAAGCAAUCUCACCCCAUUUCCCUAAAGGUUAAAAUUGAAACUACUUGACACUAAGAUCAGCACUCAACCCGAUAGACAGCUAGUACAGGUAAAGAGACAGUAGACUUUGUUGCUGAGGUACUUAGUGAGUGGAGAGAGCUUUCCUCUGUAACUAACCAUGAUGCAACUGACCAAAGAAAUCCUUGCAGCUAUACUGAAGUGCGAUUGGAAAAGUGGCCCAUUUCAGAAAGUGUUGAAAUUGAAUGUAGCAACCUGAGGUGGUACGGUGGCUCAGCUAUUAGCACUGUUGCCUCAUAGCACCUGGGACCUGGGUUCGAUUCCGCCUCUAGGUGCCUGUCUGCGUGGAGUUUAC